GUGACAGCGAGCCUGAACCACAGAUUGCUGUCGAGAAAGGCAGCCUCGAAAAGACUGAAAAGGGUGAAAUAUGCGGAGAGCCAGAGUCAAAAGACGUAGCUGCUGCGCCUGAGUUGGAGAUGUCAGCACUACCUGUUCCACGUGCCUUCGCUGACAGCCGCCGAUCUUCAGCAGCAAGUGCCGUUUCUGCAGCCUCUAUGCAGCCUGAAAACAUUCCAGACGUAGAUGAAGAUAUAGUUAAGUUAAUAAGUACUAACUCAACGGAACCAGCGUAUAACUUGGGGGUGGAGAAAAGCGACCGAAGGAAAUCUACUUCAGCAUCGCCUCAAGAUCGCCUUUCACUCUCAAACCUGUCCUCCUGUGAUACUAGCUCGUGCAGAAACUUGUUUAGGCCAGACGUAGAACCCACGAGCGGAACUUAUAAUAGCUGUAGUCUAACUAUACCUAAUUUAGUUGUGUCAGAUGAUAGUAAUAAGAGAGAUUCGUCGGUACAGGGAGAAACUUAUGAAUCGGACCAAUUGACUAUAAUAGACAUUGACAAACCGUACACGGAUGAAGUUCACUUUGAAAUGUCUCACAGAGCGGCGUCAGCUAGUGGCGAAUUUACUCCGGAGAGGAAACUCUCUAGCGUUGAUUUGGAAAUAGAUGCGACCAGUUCCGAAGGGUCCAAUAUAAGUGAUGACUUUAGUUUAGUAUCAGAGAUAAUUGACUCAAAACCGGACGAUAUUGACGAUGGGUGUAUUGGUCACAUAGAUUCGCCUGAAGUUUCAGAAACUACUUAUAUGAACUCAGAGACUAUACACGGUGAAUCUAUAAUGGAUGACAUAAGUUCAAUGCUCGGACAGGAUGUUCUUCUAGCCAUGAUGGGGAAGAAUGGGGAAAACGAGACGUACACUGAUGACACAACCCUGUUUACAUCAGAUACGGUUUCGGAUAUACCAAUGGAUAGUCGAAACCCAAGUAUUGAAAAAACGAAUGAGGCUAAAUUUAAAUACAUAUCUAAAAGUAAAAAGCCUGUUGAUACCGACGUGGAAAAGUUUGGAUUUGAAAACAGAGUAUUUUAUUUAGAAAAUGCAGCUAAAGCCGAUGAACAAGUUAAAUAUUGUAGUCUUGCACAAUUUGAGGAGGGAAGCGAUAUAGCGAGAAAGUCAUUCAGAAAGCACCUUAGAAAAAGUUUAAAGAAACGCGUGGUUGACGACACUACUGUAAAACAUUUACUUCCUCGAUCUACGACUGAAGAGUUUUUUAAGGGCGAAGAUACUCCUUUAUCUCCGAGUACAGAACUUAGCCCAAAUACAGUAAUAAAUGAAAACAUGAUUGGUAACAAAGAACAAACACUGGUGUUUCCACAAAUAAAUGUAGUUGUGGAACCACCUUCGCCGUCUCAUAGCGAUGAAAAGAAAAGCAUAAGGAGCACUAGUCGAAUGGCAUCAGUACUCAGUGACAUAUUCGACCAUGGCACAGAUACACUGAGCGUGCAUUCACCUGAACCAAGUAUAAUAAGUGCCAGGGAACGCAGACAAUCUGACAAUCCGAAACUACUGGGAUGCGAUUCUGAGUACGGUCAAUUUUUGAGCUGCUCCCCAGCUGCUUCGCGGCGUAUCUCUUGCGGCAGCCUAUUCAAGCCUGGGGAACCAGAUAACAGACUGACGUCGUCCGUGUCAUCAAUAUGGGGUGAGGGCGGCAUGUUCGGGUCUACGACUAAAUCUGAAUCAAGCGAUAAGAUCAAAAAGCUGCCAAUAAUCAAUCCCCUCGUCCAAUUGCCCGCGUGGCCACACGUCACACAAGGAUUCAUCAGCCAAUGUCUUCUCGCAAACGCCGACGCUUUAUGUGCGGCCGUCAGCCCACUCAUGGACCCAGAUGAAACACUCUUGGAAGGAUUCUAUGAAAGGGCUGUGAUGAAUAAUUAUUUCGGCAUCGGUAUUGAUGCGAAGAUAACCUUGGAUUUUCAUAACAAGAGGGAGGAACAUCCUGAGAAGUGUAGGUCUAGGGCGAGGAACUAUAUGUGGUAUGGAGUUCUUGGAUCAAAGGAAUGGGUCAAUAGAACCUAUAGGCAUCUCGGCCAGAGAGUACAAUUAGAAUGUGAUGGACAGAGAAUUCCUCUACCAGAACUUCAGGGUAUCGUCGUACUGAACAUUUCAUCAUUUAUGGGAGGGACCAACUUCUGGGGCGGUACGAGAGGUGAUGACAUCUUCCUAGCGCCGUCAUUUGAUGAUCGCAUAUUAGAGGUCGUUGCUGUCUUUGGCUCGGCCCAAAUGGCAGCGUCUCGGCUAAUAAACCUGCAGAAGCAUCGCAUAGCCCAAUGCAGAGCCGUUCAGAUCAACAUCCUAGGAGACGAAGGCGUGCCCGUACAGGUGGACGGUGAGGCGUGGCUGCAGCCUCCAGGGUGCGUGCGGAUCAUACACAAGAACCGCGCGCAAAUGCUGUGCCGUUCCAGGGCCUUGGAAACCAGCCUGAGGACCUGGGACGAGAAACAACAACAGAAAGCUCAAGCUGGCAACAUAGGCCGUUCCCUGCCAUCGGCUGAAGCGACGAAUCUCCUAAGCCUGUUGGAUGAUAUUAACACCGUUGUCAAACAUGUAAAGCUGUCUUGUAUAAGCGAGAGUGGGUCGGGAAGGGUAUCUAACGCGCUGUCCAUCGCGCGACGAGUCGCGGCACAGGCAGACGCCCUACAAGAUGCCGACGGCAGAUUGUUGCCGCCGCCACACCUGAGGAGGCUGUUGGCGACGCUGAUCGAAUCCUGCCACGAGCUGUUGGAAAGCGGCGCAGCGGGCGCGGCGGCAAAUACACUGCGAGCACAACUGGCGCGGUGUUGUACGCGGGACGGACUCGCGUACAUCAGUGCGGAUGAGGCACCGAAGAAAGGCAACCGUUGGCUGCGAAGCCGGCGCAGCGUAUCCGAAAGUGGCACAGCAUCAGCUCAAGCCCAGGUGAAGUCGUGGGGCAUCAAGGAGGUGCAAGCCUGGCUGGAAAGCAUCGAACUCGGAGAGUACGCUGAGGCGUUCGCAAAGCAUGACGUGACAGGACGAGAGCUGCUGUCGCUGGCACGGCGAGACCUUCGGGAUCUCGGUGUCACUAAGGUCGGCCAUGUUAAGCGCAUCCUACAAGCAGUCAAGGAUCUUCAGUGACGCCGUCGAGGUCGUUCCGAGGGGAACGACCUUUAAGUAAAUGUUAAAGUUAUAAGGAUAAAACUCCCUCGCGUCGGAAGCGUUAGAACUUUGUCAUAUUACGGAUUUUUCACAUGUUGUGAAUUUUACUAUUAGAUUAUACAUCGCUCAGCAUUUUUCCGGGUAGUUUGGUGACUUAACUCUCUCGUGAAUGACUAAAAGUAUGCGUUGAUGUGUCUGUCGUAUGAGAAUUGAUAACAUAAUAUUAAUAUACAUAGACAGUGCAUAGUUGGUGCUAUCGCUGAUGCCUUCGACUACUUGCAUACCCUGUAUAUCCUGGGUUCUGGCAAUCAUAAAAUAAAUUUGUAAAUACCCUAACAUACCAUGUAUGAAAGAGCAAAAACUAUCACCUAUUUGCGAAAAAAAAUGUUACUUCGCUAUUAAAAGUCGGAUUAUCUUGAACCGUAAUCAAUUCUCAAUCGAUCGAACAUUACAUCGAUGUUGUUGGGAAAUUAGUGUUACCUAACUAUCGUAAACAUAACAUGACAUUCCAAAAAGAUUUUAAAUUCACGUGUUGUAAAGGUACCGCUUUGAAUUAUUCACUGCAUUAUUUUAAAUAUUUAUGUCUCACGGUGACAUAUAAUGUCGAGAGAAACCUUCGAUUAAAUAUGAACCUAACUAGAUUUUUUUAAUAUUGACACACUUUGACACAAUUAUCUUGCCCCAAACUAGGCAUAGCCUGUACUAUGGGUACAAUACAAAGAUAUAUUUAAUACAAAAUACUUACUUAAACAUACAUAAAUACAUAUAAACACCCAUGUCUCGGUAACAAACAUCCAUAUUCAUCAUAUAAAUGUUUGCACUACCGGGAUUCGAACCCGGGACCUCUAGCUUAGUAGUCAGGGUGACUAACCACUGGGCUGUACAGGUCGUCAUUCAGAUUAAGCAUUCCAUAUCAAAAGAGCGCAAGAGUAUGGCACGAGUGAAAUAAAAGUCAAGCUUAUUGCUGUCCAUUAAGGUUUAGUUUCGACUAGUAAUGAACAUGGUCUGCUAAUCCACAAUACUAAGAGCUCGGAUUGUAUACUUUGCGACUUCGUCUUAUCGAUGUUUGGCCAAUGUAUGGUUAGAUUCGCUCUUUGAAUAUUGGGUAAACGACGAAAUAAUAAUUUUAUAAACAUACUAAUUUUAAGAGCUCUAAACAGUAAAGUGACAUUUAUCUACUGAACUAAAGACUGAAACCUUACUCUUGCGGAGGCUAUAUAUAUUAAAUGCGACACGUAUAUUUCUGCCCUUAUUUCUCUUGAAACAGCCGAUACAAACGAUCAUUAACAGUCAUAAUCAGGGGCGUGCAUUGGUUUUCUAGAAAGGUAGGCACAGCUAUAGAUACAAGUACCUAAGUUAAAUUGCGAAGACCACCAGUUUUUUUACCAGAGGGGGGCUCUUUUGCACAGGAUGCCGGUUAGAUAAUGGGUACCACAACGAUGUCUAUUUUUGCCGUGAAGCAGUAAUGUGUAAGAAUUACGGUCUGAAGGGCGCCGUAGCUAGUGAAAUAACUGGGCAAAUGAGACUUCACAUCUUAUGUCCCAAGGUGACGAGCGCAGUUGUAGUGCUGCUCAGAAUUUUUGGGUAUUUCAAGAAUCCUGAGCGGCACUGCGUUUUAAUGGACAGGGCGUAUCAAUUACCAUCAGCUGAAAGUCCUGCUCGUCUCGUCCCUUAUUGUCAAAAAAAAGAGAUGUUUUUGGAAAAUGACAUAUUUAUCUAGCCUAUCUUUUUCUGUGGUAGUAUAACUUUGACGAAUAUGUUGUUCUAAAUUGGAGUAGGCAGCCGUUACUAGGUUUUUAUCGUAAGCUCAAACUUACUGGGUGGGUGUUAAAUAGAAAUUUGGUUAUAGAAUAAUGGAACUAAAUUAACUUUAACACUAGUGGUAUAUAUUAAUUUAUAUUUUUAUUAAGGUAAGCAUUGCCUUAUUGCCUAUAUGCAAUGUACGCCCCUGGUCAUAAAAUAGAAUAAGGGGUAUCUAUGAUCUAACAUAGAUACAGAAAAAAUAAUGAAUGGUUAUGAAUAUUCGAAUGUCGAUAAAUAUGAUUUAAUUUAUUUCUAAGAACCACCAAAAACUAUCGUGCGCAUUAUUAGCAUCACAUCACUUGAAAAAAUACUAACCCAAAGCACUGUCAAACUUUUACAUCUCUUAGCCGUUUCAAUUUGAUAAUGCUGAAAUAUUACUACACUAAAGUUAUUGUAUAAUAAGUAAUAUUAAACUUUACGUAUGAAUGUUAGUCAUGAACAACAUUCCGCCUUUGCAUCUCACGUGAUGCGAAAGUAUUUCACGAGUAUGUCUGAGGUAUUUAAUUUUAGCAACCGAACAAAAGUUCGGUGGACAUCGAACUAUACCUCUUCCGAAGGGGCUGUAAAUACUACGUAGUAAGAGGUGGGACUGCCUAAGUAAAAAUUAAAAUUAUUUUAAUAUGAAACGUGCAGUAAUUUGACAUAAGUUUGAAAUAGUCAUUAUAAUAUGUUGACGGAUUAUAAUCCGGCUAAGUUUGAAAGGGAACAGUUGCUUAAAACGCAGUGGAUUUCGGCUAUCCCCGUUUUUUACAAGAUUAUAGCCGUCAUCUA